UAAACACGGUGUUCAGUGUCCUUAUGAACACUUGUUGUUCUCUGAGUUUGAGGUUUGCAUGAGAUGAUCAUGAUCAUAACUGCAUAAACAAAUGUGACUUUCCAAAUUAAUUAUAGUGAGGCUUUGGGCUGCAAUUAAAAGACAAAGAAAAUGAAGGGGUUUUGGAGCAUAUCUUGUGGUGAAUUUGGCUGUUCAGAGACAGGAGGGAAUCCUUGCACUUAUGAUUUUAAGUUUUUGAAAGAUCCUUCCACAUGUGUCAACCAUUUGCUGUUCAUUUGCAUUGAUGUGUUGCUGCUGCUCAUGAUCUUAUUUACAAUCCUCCAGAGGUCAUCACAGAAACCAUCUCAGGGUCAAAUCCGGCUGCGAAGUUAUUCAAAUUUGCAGUUAGUGUCAGCCAUGGCCAAUGGCUCUCUGGGGCUGAUACAUUUGUGCUUAAGCAUUUGGUUUUUAGAGGAAAAUCUGAGAAGAACUCAAACUGCUUUGCCUCUUGAUUGGUGGAUGUUAGAAUUCAUUCAGGGACUGACAUGGUUGCUGGUGGGUUUUAUAGUAUGUCUUCAGCUGAAACAACUUCCAAGAGCAUGGUUACUCAUGUUUUCUGUUGUGAUGUUCUUGGUUUCUGGUAUUCUCUGUGCUUUAUCCCUGUUUUAUGCAAUUAGUAGCAGAAAACUAUCCCUGAAAGUAGCUUUAGAUGUUUUAUCUUUCCCGGGGGUAAUUUUAUUGCUAUUAUGCAUUUACAAGGAAUCUAAGUAUAGAGACAAUGGGAAAGAAAAUAAUGAAAGUCUAUACACCCCUUUAAAAGAAGAAUCUAAUAAAGUUGAUUCUAUUGGUUAUGUCACACUAUUUGCAAAAGCUGGGGUCUUCAGUAGGAUGUCAUUUUGGUGGCUGAAUCCAUUGAUGAAAAGGGGUAAAGAGAAAACACUUCAGGAUGAGGAUAUACCAAAGUUGGGGGAGGCAGAUCAAGCAGAAAGUUGUUAUUUUCUGUUUCUAGACCAAUUGAACAGACAGAAACAGAAAGAGCCAUCAUCACAGCCAUCAGUUUUUAUGACAAUAGUUAUGUGCCACUGGAAAGAGAUCUUGAUAUCAGGAUUCUUUGCUUUGCUAAAGGUAAUCACUCUCUCUUCUGGCCCUUUGCUUCUGAAUUCCUUUAUAUUGGUUGCUGAAGGUCAUGAGAGUUUUAAAUAUGAAGGCUAUGUGUUGGCCAUAUCACUGGUCUUCACAAAGAUCAUAGAGUCCUUAUCACAGAGGCAGUGGUACUUCCGCACCAGGCUCAUUGGACUUAAAGUUAGAUCACUGCUCAUUGCAGCAAUUUAUAAAAAGCAACUGAGGUUAUCCAAUGCUGCAAGACUGAUGCACUCUGGUGGUGAGAUAAUGAACUAUGUGAAUGUGGAUGCUAAUAGAAUUGGAGAGUUUCCCUAUUGGUUUCACCAGACGUGGACAACAAGCGUCCAGCUAUGCAUUGCAUUAGUAGUGCUUUUCCGUGCUGUUGGAUUAGCAACAUUUGCCUCAUUGGCGGUGAUAGUUCUAACUGUGAUUUGCAAUACUCCACUUGCUAAAUUGCAGCAUAAGUUUCAGAGAAAACUUAUGGUGGCACAAGAUGAGAGGUUGAAGGCCACUUCUGAGGCUCUAGUGAGCAUGAAGGUUUUGAAGUUAUAUGCAUGGGAAACCAAUUUUAGAAAUGCCAUUGAAAGGUUGAGGGGUGUGGAACUCAAAAGGUUGUCUGUGGUGCAAUUAAGAAGGUCGUAUAGCAACUUUCUCUUCUGGGCCUCGCCUGUUUUGGUCUCUGCCGCUUCCUUUGGGGCAUGUUACUUGCUUAAUGUUCCUUUGCAUGCAAACAAUGUUUUCACUUUUGUAGCAACUUUACGCCUUGUUCAAGAUCCUAUUAGAACCAUCCCUGAUGUCAUUGGAGUGGUCAUUCAAGCAAAAGUUGCAUUCGCAAGGAUUGUCAAAUUUCUUGAGGCGCCUGAACUGCAAAGUGAAAAUGCCAAUAAGUGUUUCAGUGACAAUAUGAGGGGCUCAAUUUCGAUCAAUUCUGCUGACUUUUCAUGGGAAGAUAACAUGUCAAAACCAACACUGAGAAACAUAAAAAUGGAGGUUACACCAGGGCAAAAGGUGGCUAUCUGUGGAGAAGUUGGCUCAGGCAAAUCAACUCUCUUAGCAGCAAUUCUCAGAGAAGUUCCGAUUACUCGUGGAACUAUUGAAGUUCAUGGGAAGUUUGCCUAUGUUUCUCAAACAGCAUGGAUACAGACAGGUACAAUACGUGAGAACAUAUUGUUUGGAUCAGAUAUGGAUGCUGAAAAAUAUCAAGAAACGCUUCAUAGGUGUUCACUAGAGAAGGACCUUGAGUUGUUUCCACAUGGUGAUCUCACUGAAAUAGGGGAGAGAGGGGUCAACCUCAGUGGAGGUCAAAAGCAGCGAAUUCAACUUGCUCGCGCUCUUUAUCAGAAUGCUGAUAUAUAUCUCUUGGAUGAUCCAUGCAGUGCUGUUGAUGCACACACUGCCGCAAAUUUGUUUAAAGAUUACAUCAUGGAAGGACUUGUAGGGAAGACAGUCUUACUGGUGACUCAUCAAGUUGAUUUUCUUCCAGCCUUUGAUUCUGUAUUGUUGAUGUCUAACGGGGAAAUCAUACAAGCUGCAUCUUAUCAUCAUCUGUUGAGCUCAAGCCAAGAAUUUCAAGACCUUGUCAAUGCUCACAAGGAAACUGCUGGUUCAGACAGACUUUUGGAUGUCACUUCUUCCAAGAGACAUUCAAAUACUGCUACAGAGAUUCGUAAAAUAUACAUGGAGAACCAGUUUGAACCAUCACAAGGCAAUCAAUUAAUUAAGAAGGAAGAGAGAGAGAAAGGAAACCAAGGGUUCAAGCCUCACUUACAGUAUCUGAAUCAGGAUAAAGGAUAUAUAUACUUCUCUGUGGCUUCUCUUUCUCACCUUAUAUUUGUGAUUGGCCAGAUAUUUCAGAACUUAUGGAUGGCUUCUAAUGUUGACAAUCCUUAUGUCAGCUCACUGCAAUUGAUUGCUGUGUACUUGUUGAUUGGGUUUAUUUCUGCAUGUUUCUUAUUCAUCAGAAGUCUUGUUGUAGUUGCUAUGAGUAUUCGAUCAUCAAAAUCAUUAUUUUUACAGCUAAUAAGCUCACUUUUUCGUGCACCUAUGUCAUUUUAUGACUCCACACCUUUGGGAAGGAUACUUAGUAGGGUCUCCUCAGAUCUAAGCAUCGUGGAUCUUGAUGUCCCAUUUGGCCUUAUUUUUGCUGUAGGAGCUACUACAACUUGUUAUACAAAUCUUGCAGUUAUAGCAGCCAUUACUUGGCAAGUCUUGUUUAUCUCUUUACCAAUGCUUUACAUAGCAUUUCGCUUGCAGAGAUAUUACUAUGCCACUGCAAAAGAAUUGAUGCGGUUGAAUGGCACAACAAAGUCCUUUGUAGCCAAUCAUCUUGCUGAAUCUAUUGCUGGAGCUGUGACAAUAAGGGCUUUUGAGGAGGAGGAUCGUUUUUUCGCAAAGAACCUUGACCUAAUUGAUGUCAAUGCCAGUCCUUACUUCCAUACCUAUGCAGCAAAUGAGUGGUUGAUGCUGAGGUUAGAAACAAUCAGCGCAGUGGUUUUUGCAUCUGCAGCACUUUGCAUGGUGGUACUUCCACCUGGGACUUUCACCUCUGGAUUUAUUGGCAUGGCUCUCUCUUAUGGCCUUUCAUUAAACUCUGCCCUGGUAUUUGCAAUUCAAAACCAAUGCACUCUAGCAAAUCAAAUAAUUUCAGUAGAGAGGCUAAAUCAAUAUAUGCAUAUACCAAGUGAGGCCCCAGAAGUAGUGGAGGGAAAUCGUCCUCCUGAGAAUUGGCCUGCUGAGGGAAAAGUAGAAUUACAUGAUUUGAAGAUAAGGUACCGGCCUGAUACCCCACUUGUGCUACGUGGGAUCACAUGCACAUUUGAAGGAGGGCACAAGAUUGGUGUUGUUGGUAGAACAGGUAGUGGAAAGUCCACUCUUACAGGUGCCUUAUUCCGUCUAGUGGAGCCAGCAGGUGGAAAAAUAAUAGUUGAUGGCAUAGACAUUUGUUCUAUUGGACUUCAUGACUUGAGGUCACGCUUUGGUAUCAUACCUCAGGAUCCUACUCUUUUUAACGGAACAGUUAGAUACAAUAUGGACCCCUUAGCUCAACACUCUGAUCAAGAGAUAUGGGAGGUUCUUGGGAAAUGUCAGUUGAGAGAGGUUGUUGAAGAGAAGGAAGAGGGAUUGGACUCCUCAGUUGUUGAAGCUGGGGCAAAUUGGAGCAUGGGACAAAGACAGCUAUUCUGUUUGGGGCGUGCCCUUUUGAGGAGAAGUCGGAUACUGGUGCUUGAUGAAGCAACUGCAUCAAUUGAUAAUGCAACUGAUUUGAUUCUUCAGAAAACAAUUAGGACAGAGUUUGCAGACUGUACUGUAAUCACUGUGGCACACAGAAUACCAACCGUGAUGGAUUGCACUAAAGUUGUUUCCAUCAGUGAAGGAGAAUUGGUAGAGUAUGACGAACCAAUGAACUUGAUGGAGAGAGAAGGAUCACUGUUUGGUCAACUUGUCAAGGAAUACUGGUCUCAUUUGCAGUCUGCAGAAUCAAGUUUGAACAGCAAAGAGAGGUCAAGGGAAAUGGCAGGUUUUUGGAGCAUGUUUUGUGGGGAAUCUGGUUGCUCAGAGGAUGGAAGAAAGCCUUGUAGUUAUGAUUAUAGACUUCUCAUUGAUCCUUCCACCUGCAUCAACCAUUUGUUGAUCUCUUGCUUUGAUGUAUUGCUGCUUAUCAUGCUUGUACUCAUUAUGGUCCAAAAGUCAACGUUAAAACCAUCUCGGGGUCAAACACGGGGGGUGCGAAGAUAUUCAUAUUUUCAGCUAGUUUCUGCCAUAGCCAAUGGUGCUCUUGGGUUGGCGCAUUUGUGCUUAGGCAUUUGGGUUUUAGAGGAAAGGUAUAGGAAAACCCAAACUGUGUUUCCUCUUAAUUGGUGGUUGCUUGAAAUCUUUCACGGAUUAACAUGGUUGUUAGUGAGUUUAACGAUAAGUCUCAAGCUAAAACAACUUCCAAGAGCUUUGACAAGGCUUUUUUCCGUUCUCAUCUUAUUGGUUUCUGGUAUUUUCUGCGCUUCAUCCUUGUUUUAUGCAAUUAGCAGCAGAGAACCGUCCCUUAAGAUGGUUUCAGAUAUGCUAUCUUUUCCAGGAGCAAUAUUGUUGUUAUUAUGCACAUAUAAGGAAUCCACGUAUAAGGACACUGACAAUGAAGUUGAUGAAAGUCUUUAUGCACCUUUAAAUGGCGAGUCCAAUAAAAAGGAUUCCAUUAGAUAUGUAACCCCAUUUGCCAGAGCUGGAUUCCUCAGCGGAAUGUCAUUUUGGUGGUUGAAUCAGUUGAUGAAAAUGGGAAAAGAGAAAACACUUCAGGAUGAAGACAUUCCAAGGUUGCGGGAGAAGGAUCGAGCAGAAAGUUGUUAUUUGCUGUUUCUGGACCAAUUGAACAGACAGAAACAGAAGGAUCCAUUUUCAGAGCCAUCGGUUCUGAGGACAAUACUUUUAUGCCAUUGGAAAGAAAUUUUAAUAUCAGGAUUCUUUGCACUGCUUAAGGUACUUUCUCUGUCUUCAGGACCUCUUCUUCUGAAUUCUUUUAUAUUGGUUGCUGAGGGUAAUGAGAGUUUCAAAUAUGAAGGUUUUGUGUUGGCCGUAUCACUUUUCUCUGCAAAAAUCAUAGAAUCCUUAUCACAAAGGCAGUGGUACUUCCGCUGCAGACUUAUUGGCCUGAAAGUUAGGUCGUUGCUAACUGCAGCGAUCUAUAGAAAGCAAUUGAGGUUAUCCAAUUCUGCUAGAUUGAUGCACUCUGGUGGCGAGAUAAUGAAUUAUGUGACUGUGGAUGCUUAUAGAAUUGGUGAAUUUCCCUAUUGGUUUCACCAGACUUGGACAACUAGCUUUCAGCUAUGUAUCUCAUUAGUGAUACUUUUUCGUGCUGUUGGGAUGGCAACAAUUGCCUCCUUGGUGGUGAUAGUAAUCACAGUGCUUUGCAAUACUCCACUUGCAAAGUUGCAACACAAGUUUCAAAGCAAACUUAUGGUGGCACAAGAUGAGAGAUUGAAGGCUUGUUCUGAGGCUCUUGUGAAUAUGAAGGUGUUGAAGUUAUAUGCGUGGGAAACCAACUUUAGAAAUGCUAUAGAGAGAUUAAGGAAUGAGGAACUCAAAUGGUUAUCUGCUGUGCAAUUAAGAAAGGCAUACAACACCUUUCUCUUUUGGUCCUCCCCUGUUUUGGUCUCUGCUGCUUCCUUUGGGGCAUGUUACUUUCUUAAUGUUCCAUUACAUGCAAAUAAUGUUUUCACUUUCGUGGCAACUUUGCGCCUUGUUCAAGAUCCUAUUAGAACCAUCCCUGAUGUUAUUGGGGUAAUCAUUCAGGCAAAAGUUGCUUUUACUCGAAUUGUAAAAUUCCUGGAGGCACCUGAACUUCAGAGUACUAAUGUCACAAAAAGGUCUCUCAAUGACAAUAUGAGGGGUUCAAUUUUAAUCAAGUCUGCUGAUUUUUCAUGGGUAGAUAAUGUAUCAAAGCCAACACUGAGAAACAUAAAUUUGGAGGUUAGACCUGGGCAAAAGAUGGCAAUCUGUGGAGAGGUUGGCUCAGGCAAAUCAACUCUCUUAGCAGCAAUUCUCAGAGAAGUUCCUAAUACUCGGGGGACAAUACAAGUUUCUGGGAAGUUUGCCUAUGUUUCUCAAACAGCAUGGAUACAGACAGGUACUAUACGGGAGAAUAUAUUGUUUGGAGCAGCCAUGGAUGCUGAAAAAUAUCGACAAACACUUCAUAGGUCUUCGCUAUUGAAGGACCUUGAGUUGUUUCCUCACGGUGAUCUCACUGAAAUAGGCGAAAGGGGGGUCAACUUGAGUGGAGGUCAGAAGCAGCGAAUUCAACUUGCACGAGCUCUAUAUCAGAACGCUGAUAUAUACCUCUUGGAUGACCCUUUCAGUGCUGUUGACGCACAUACUGCCACAAAUUUGUUUAAUGUAAUGAAAACUUCUUUUCUUCAAAAUACAUUUAUUCUUGUUGUUAUUAGCUUUUUAGUGAUACAUGGCUUUUCAACUGGACAGGAAUACAUAAUGGGAGGACUUGCUGGGAAAACAGUCUUGCUUGUGACUCAUCAAGUUGACUUCCUUCCAGCAUUUGAUUCUGUUUUGUUGAUGUCAGAUGGGGAAAUCAUAGAAGCUGCUCCUUAUCACCAUUUGUUGAGCUCGAGCCAUGCAUUUCAGGAACUCGUGAAUGCACACAAAGAGACUGCGGGUUCUGACCGGCUUGUAGAUGUUACUUCUUCUCAGAAGCAUUCAAAUAGUGCUAGAGAGAUUAAAAAAACAUAUAUGGAGAAUCAUUUUGAAGCAUCUAAAGGCGAUCAAUUGAUUAAGCAAGAAGAGAGAGAAAAAGGAGACCAAGGGUUUAAACCAUAUAUACAGUAUCUGAAUCAGAACAAAGGAUAUAUAUACUUCUCUGUUGCUGCUCUUUCUCACCUAACAUUUGUAGUUGGUCAAAUAUUGCAAAACACAUGGAUGGCUGAUAGUGUUGACAAUCCUCGAGUUAGCAGUUUGCAAUUGAUUCUAGUUUACUUGUUAAUUGGAGUUAUUUCAACAAUAUUCUUGUUGGUGAGAAGUCUUGUUGCAGUUGCUUUGGGUCUUCAAUCAUCAAAGUCUUUAUUUUUUCAGCUACUGAACUCUCUUUUUCGUGCCCCCAUGGCAUUUUAUGAUUCCACUCCUUUAGGACGGAUACUCAGCAGGGUCUCCUCAGAUCUCAGCAUUGUGGACCUUGACGUUCCAUUCGGCUUUCUAUUUUCUGUGGGAGCAACUAUGAAUUGUUAUGCUAAUCUUACGGUUUUAGCCGUUGUAACUUGGCAAGUCUUGUUUGUCUCCAUACCAAUGAUUUAUUUUGCAAUCCGCUUACAGAGAUAUUACUUUGCCUCUGCAAAAGAGCUGAUGAGGAUGAAUGGCACAACAAAAUCCUUUGUGGCUAACCAUCUAGCUGAAUCUGUCGCUGGGGCUGUGACAAUAAGGGCCUUUGACGAGGAAGAUCGUUUUUUCAAGAAAAAUCUUGAUCUAAUUGAUGUCAAUGCUAGCCCGUUCUUCCAUAGUUUUGCAGCAAAUGAGUGGUUGAUUCAACGGUUAGAAACAGUCAGUGCAGUGGUUCUUGCAUCUGCAGCACUUUGCAUGGUUGUACUUCCACCUGGAACUUUCACCUCUGGAUUUAUUGGCAUGGCUCUCUCUUAUGGCCUUUCACUUAACAAUUCCUUGGUAUUUUCGAUUCAAAAUCAAUGCAAUAUAGCAAAUAAUAUAAUAUCAGUGGAGAGGCUAAAUCAGUAUAUGCAUAUACCCAGUGAGGCCCCAGAAGUAAUAGAAGGAAAUCGUCCUCCUGUAAAUUGGCCUGUUGCUGGUAGAGUACAAAUAAAUGCAUUGCAGAUACGUUAUAGGCCGGAUGCACCACUAGUACUCCGUGGGAUCACAUGCACAUUUGAAGGACGACACAAAAUUGGUAUUGUUGGCCGGACAGGCAGCGGGAAGUCCACUCUUAUAGGUGCUUUAUUCCGUCUUGUGGAGCCAGCAGGUGGAAAGAUCAUUGUUGAUGGCAUUGACAUUAGCUCCAUUGGUCUCCAUGAUUUGAGGUCGCGUUUUGGUAUUAUACCUCAGGAUCCUACUCUUUUUAAUGGCACAGUCAGAUACAAUUUGGACCCCUUAUCUCAACACUCUGAUCAAGAGUUAUGGGAGGUUCUUGGGAAGUGUCAGUUGCAAGAGGCUGUCCAAGAGAAAGAAGAGGGAUUAGACUCUUCAGUUGUUGAAGCUGGAGCAAACUGGAGCAUGGGACAACGACAGCUAUUCUGUUUGGGGCGUGCUCUUCUCAGGAGAAGUCGGAUAUUGGUGCUUGAUGAAGCAACUGCGUCAAUUGAUAAUGCAACUGAUUUGAUUUUGCAGAAAAGCAUUAGGACAGAGUUUGCAGAUUGUACGGUGAUCACGGUAGCUCACAGGAUACCAACUGUGAUGGAUUGCACCAAGGUUCUUGCCAUCAGUGAUGGGAAACUGGUGGAGUAUGAUGAGCCAAUGAAGUUGAUAAAGAGAGAAGGAUCACUGUUUGGGAAGCUUGUCAAGGAAUAUUGGUCUCAUUUCCAGUCUGCAGAAUCUCAUUGAAUCUGAACAUGUAUUUUAGGGUAGCUCUUCUGUCUUCUUCUUUUUUUUUUCUGUAGGAUUGGCAAGAAACCAAGAAAGUGUGCUUAGGAUAAAAUGUAUAAUAUUUAGACAAACUCUAAGGCCUGAGAAGUGGGAAGGAAUGAGGGGACUAAGAAGAAAAUGGUGGAAAGGUAUUCAAAAUCAAAUGUAACAUUUUCUAGAAUGACGUGAUCUAUUUCACAGUGGAAAGUUGUAUUAUAUCAAUUGUCGUUUAAAUUGAACAUUUUUGGGCGACACUUCACGUUGUA